UAUUAUCCCAGGAGGUCAACCUUUUCUCUUUACCUUCCAUUGAAUAUUAAAGACAUAUAAGAGACAAUUUAUUAAACUCUCAUUUGCUUGUGUUUUCUGGCAAAGGAGUGUGCUGUUUGGACUGGGGAAUGACACAGACUCGUGAUGGAUUCUGCCAGGAGACCCUGUUUAAUAUCUGUGUGUUUAUCAGUACUGGCAGCCACUUGUCUUCCAUGCUCUGGCUCCCCAGGCCCCAGCCUGUGGGGUAAGAAAGUGGUGUUCAUGGGCCGUCACUGUGUGUGGCAGCUGGAUAAGGGGUGCCUAGUGCCUCCCCUGGAAGAGCUCAGUGUGUGUGUGCACCUACACCGGGAGAUCGCAACAUCUGAGUGGACAGGCUUCGUGUACAAGGCGCCUGGCGAGAGACAGGUAGAGCUGGGUCUUGCAGGCCGAGGAGGGUUCCUGGUGGCAUGGCUGUUUGGGCAUCAGUGGUCCGUACCAGAGGAUCUGCCCCUGAAAUGCUGGCACAAUGUCUGCCUCACCUGGUCCAGCCACUCCGAGAGGCUCCGGCUCUACAUCAAUGGGAGCAGUUGCCUGGACGCCCAUGUUAACGCCACCCUGCCCCGGCGACUGGCCCACAAUGGCACCCUGACCUUGGGGGUGUCCCAUAACAUAGUGGGUGGGGUGAUGGAGUUUGAGAAUGGAAAGAACUUCCUGGGGGCCAUCAGCCUGUUCAGGAUGUGGGGGCAUGAGCGGACAGCUGAGGAGCUGAGGGCCCAGAGCUGUAUUAUAGGGAACGUGGUGAGAUGGGACAACAACGACUGGGAUUACCAGAUUUGCCUACCUGAAGAUGACACCAACAUCCAGUGUGGGGCUUUCCCCAAUGUGACAGCCUCUCCUCCCACUGUCACCAACACCACUCCUGGUUCACCAACCAGCACUAAUACAUCAGACCCUGUAACCCCAACAGAGACACAGCAAACACCCCUUGGAUUGCCUGUAAGUCCCACUGGCCUGUCUACAACCAAAGAACCUUCAGACCUCAACUCAACAGGAACAGGCAUUGCAUCCACCUUCUACAGAGUUCAAAUGAAGCUGAACAUGACAAUGACUGUAACUGGCAGCGACCCAGGGGAGACCAUUCAGACGUGGGUUCAGAGAAAGCUUGGGGAAGUCAGGAUGAAGGCAUUACAUUUCCAAAUAUUUCAAUCGACUUAUAAGGGCAAUGAUAAAAAAGAGACUCAAAGAGUGGAGAUGGCUGCUGAGCUGAGAAAUCAGAAAAGAUUUAGAUGUACCUUCCAUAUUCAGGAUGCUGAUGCACGGAACGUCAUGACCACUCAGAGACUCAUCAAUGACCUUCUGUCCAGGAUCCAUUUUGGUGGAGAGAUCCAGGUAGACAGCAGAGACGUUCACGUCUCACAUAUAGAUCCAGGGAGCUGUCCUGAGGACACCCAUGAGAGUAUCAGGGGUGUGUAUAUAUGGCCAAUCAAAGAUGCCCAGAAGACAGAAACUAUGAUCUGUGAGAAGAACAGUGGUGCCAGGGCUUCCAGGAAAUGUGAGUUGGAUGGAGUGACUGAGAAGGCCAAAUGGGCUGAGCCAAACCUGAAGGCAUGCAAGCCAAUGAUCACCAUCUCUGAUCUGGACAAUGUCACCGUCACAGCAAACAACUCAGCAGAUGUGGUGGACAUGAUUGAGGACCUCCUGGGUGUCGAGGGGGACCUGAGUGACUCCCAGCUGGCCACCGUGGUCCAGAAGCUGGAUGAGGUUCUGGGGGUCAGCACAGUGACCCCUGCCCUCGGCGAGGACAUUGUCAGCAUAAUCGCUGACAUCCUGGGGUCCAGUUCUAACCUAUCAGCGGUCGCCAACGACAUACUGGGUAUCACAGGCAGCGUUGGGGACCAGAUGGAUUUCCCUGAGGAGUCACAAAAUGUGACCGUCCCCUCCCUGGCUCUCUCCAUGAUCAACGUAGAUCCAGAGCAGUUCCAGGGCCUCACGUUUGGCGUGUCCUCCUUUUCAACUGGCCUUGCUCCAGAGAUCUUUGUCAACCAGACAUUCCUGAGUCAGCCUUGCGACGGCACAGUGGCGUCCAUCUCUCUGCCCCGUGACCUUCAGAACUUCUUCCCCGAGGGAAACAAAAAAAAGCGAGUUCAGUUCCACUUCUAUGGCACACAGGAGCUCUUCAAGGAUCCAGAGACCAACUGGACGCUGAACAGUUACGUGGUGUCUGCCAGUGUCAAUAACAGCAAUGUCAGCAACCUCGGGAAUCCCGUGGUGGUGACACUUACUCACCUCAAGCCCAAAGAGAAAAACGACAAGGUGGAGUGUGUGUAUUGGGAGUUCCAGAAGAACAAUGGGAGUGGUGGGUGGGACAGCAACGGCUGUGAGACACUACCAAGCAUCUCCGCUUAUCAGACCACCUGCCACUGUUACCACCUGACCCAUUUUGGCGUGCUCCUGGAUGUGUCCAGGACUCCUAUCAGUGAGGCUGACCAGGACACACUGAUGGUCAUCUCCUACUUGGGCUGUGGUGUGUCCUCCAUCUUCCUGAGCAUCAGCCUGCUCACCUACAUGGUCUUUGAGAAGCUGCGUCGAGACUAUCCGUCUAAGAUACUCAUCAACCUCUCUGUGGCUCUGCUGGGCCUCAACCUGGUUUUCCUGAUGGACUCUUGGCUGUCCUCCUUCGGCUUCUACAGCCUCUGCAUCGCCACGGCAGCCACGCUGCACUACUUCCUGUUAGCCUCAUUCACCUGGAUGGGCCUGGAGGCUGUCCACAUGUACUUCUCUCUGGUCAAGGUCUUCAACGUUUACAUCCCCUCCUACAUCCUCAAGUUCUGCACCCUCGGCUGGGGCAUUCCUCUGGUGGUUGUCAGCCUGGUCCUGGCCAUAGAGAAGGAUGCCUAUGGCAAUGUUCUAUCUGGGGACUCCCUUGACUCUCUACAGGGCUCAGAGCCAUUCUGUUGGAUGCAGAGUAACGUUUUCUUCUACAUCACCAUCGUGGCAUUCGUGCUACUGGUCCUGGUCUUUAACAUGGUCGUGUUCAUCAUGGUUCUGAUCCAGAUCCGACACAUGCAGACCAAUAAUCCUGCAGCUACAGUAAACAAGCGCAGUGUCAUGCAUGAUCUGAGGGCGGUGGCCAGUCUCACCUUCCUAUUGGGUCUCACCUGGCCAAUAGCCUUUUUUACCUGGGGACCGGCCAGGGUACCUAUGCUCCACCUCUUCUCAGUCCUCAACAGUCUGCAAGGGUUCUUUAUCUUUGUGUUCCACUGCCUGAUGAAAGAGAAUGUGAGGACGCAGUGGAGGAUCCACCUGUGCUGUGGCCGAUUCAGGCUCAAUGACUACUCAGAUUGGAGCCGCUCCGUGACGAUGGGCGGCAGGACCAAGCAAAACCAUCUGGUGCACCGCUUUCCGUCUGUCAAGUCUGUCAACACCUCCUCUAGGAAGAUCUCUGAUGACUCCACUACAGCUAGCGGUAGCUCUUCCCCACCCUACCACCAGUGGGCCUAGUCUACUGUAGCUCCACCAGGGGGCAUAGUCUACUGUAGCUCCACCAGGGGGCAUAGUCUACUGUAUCUCCACCAGGGGGCAUAGUCUACUGUCGCUCCACCAGUGAGCCUAGUCUAGUUCCACAAAGGGUAUUAACUUGGCUCCACCAGGGGGCCUAGCCAGGCUCACAACAUAGUGCCAUAAUACCACUCACCUGGAACAAUGAGAAACACUUGAGCUCAUGACACCAUAGCAGACACCUAAGUUCAGUCCAUUCUGAAUUACACUGUGAAAAGUCCAGAUACUCGACUGAUUCUAUCUAAAUGACCAGUAUCCUUCCCACGAACUGCUGUAUGUCUCUCUGCAGUGCAGUCUCAUCAUCCUCAGGAGAUAUUCAUUCAUACUCUAUGUGCAAGUAUUAGCCUGUUCUGUACUUUAAAGGACAUAAGCUCUAUUAUUAUAGGACAGGGAGGCAAGUAGCCUAGUGGUUUAGCGUUUUGGUUCCAGUAACCGAAAGGUCGCUGGUUCGAAUCCCCAAGCCAACCAGGUGGAAAAUCUGUUUUCUGUACCUUUGAGCAAGGCACGUGACCCUAAUUGCUACUGUAAGUCGCUCUGGACAAGAGCAUUUGCUGAAUGACAAAAAGAAAGUUGACUUCAUGUCAGACUACUGUUGUAGAGUAUGAUCAAUAUUUUGGUACUUUAUUGCAUUCUCUUUGUUAAAUGACAUUUCUCUUUCUCAAAAUCUGUUUCUGUUCUUCUUUUCAUGAUGUUAAAUAAAUAAAACAUACACAUAGUGAAGUUUAAAGAGUCAAGGACGCUUAAUGACUUUUUUUUGACUUCAUAGAAAGAACAGAUCUUUUCAAACAAAUGUACAAAGCCUCCUUGCUGUUAUGCAAUGAACUGUAGGCCUACCAUUGAUCUGUGGAUCUGUCACCAUCUCAACUGAGAAAAAAUCCAGGACAUUUCAUGACACACGUUAUGUUCACCGCCAUCUCUAAAAGACUUGAAGGUUGAUGAAUGUGGGUUGUUUAACGUAGGGGAUAAUGCAGUAAAGAUAUUUUGUGUUCAGUCUUUUCUCCAUUUCUCCAUCUCAAAUGCAGCUUACUGUAUGAAUGGGGCUCUUCCCACGCUCGCCUUUUGACACAAAGAUAGGACUACUAAGUAACAAUUAACAUUCUGUAUAUACAGUAGGGUCUGAAAUUAUUGACAGCCUUGAUAAAGAUGAGCAAAAAUUACUGUAUAAAAUAAAUACUGUGCUAUAUUGUAUGCUCAAACAAAUUGGGAAAUUGUACUAUUGUAUUCAAAUACAGUUGCUCAGAGAAAGUCCAUGGCAAAAACCGGUGGAAUCAAUGCUGUUUCCACGUCAUUAAAAAAUAUAUAUAUCUAUGUGAUGAUGUUGAAUCAACUUGGAAAACUAAUUGGAUUUGCAAAAAGUCAUAUAUGUAAGGGAAAGUUCGUAUUUUUUUCUUUUAACCUAAAUCCAAUGGCAGGGUGACAUUGUUGGUUGAUUUCACAUUGAAUUCAAGUUUGUUGACAACUCAAGCAAAUGUAAAUCCAAACUAGACAUUUAAUUGACGUCUGUGCCCAGUGGGAGAGAUUUUGUUUAACAAGAAAUACUUGUUUUUUUUUUAAAGAUAUGGUCAAAAUGAUUGACAACCCUGUUUUCAAUACCUUUCAAUACUUCACCUUGCAAGGAUAACGGCACUGAGCCUUUUUCUAAAAUGUUUUAUGAGUUGGAGAACAAAUUGGGGGGAUGCAAUAAAAUGCUAAUUAAUUACUUAAAAUCAUACAAUGUGAUUUUCUGGAUUUUGUUUUAGAUUCCGUCUCUCACAGUUGAAGUGUACCUAUGAUAAAAAAUCACAGACCUCUACAUGCUUUGUAAGUAGGAAAACCUGCAAAAUCAACAGUGUAUCAAAUACUUGUUCUCCCCACUGUAUGUGUUCUACACUACAGGGUAAAAAACUAUUAAGUUGGGGUGCUUCCAAUAUCCUGUCUGUAAGAAGAGCUUCAUGUACUCUAUGUGACAGACCUCUGGGGUCUAAUACUCUAAUACUCCUGGUCUUGUAGGAUUACUGCAGGGUGAGGCCUAGGGGUGAAAUGUGGACUAAUGCACUUCUUUACAGUCAUAGGUCCCAUUUCCUAAAGUGUCUCAGGUAGGAGUGCUGUUCUAAGACCAGCUACCCUCUGUCCAUGUAACCAUAUAAAUGAUUAUGAAAAGGCUAAACGGAUCCUAGAUCAGCACUACUAUGUUUCAUGAAUACAGGCCCUGCCCUGGUAUACAGUGUACUCCAAUUUAUGUGCCUGUUCUGGUACGUUAUC